AUGUCAAAUACAUCAUUUAAUAAAUAUGCAACAAGGACAAGAGAAGAAAAAGAUUCUACAUGUGAUGAUAAUUAUGAAAUUAUUCAAGAUUUGAUUAUACAACGUAAGGAAUAUGAACGUAAUUCAAACCAAAAUCAGCCUCUAAAUGAAAAUAAUAAAGAUAAUACAAAGCAACAUAUCAAACGACAACUUACUUCAACGAGCCGAUAUGGUGAUGAUGAUAUUGAUGAAGAUGAUAAUAAUUCAUUUCAAUUUGUUACAAGGAACAACAAAAGAAAACAACAAAGAUUAAAUGAUAACAAUGAUCUCACUGUAAUCGAACACAACAGUCCACAAACAAGCAAUAACUGA